CACAACCGCACAACCACGCUCUACACUUUACAGAAUUCUUUUCGAGAAUCACAGCAGCCAUGUCUCUUUGGAACGGCGAUACAAUAAAAGACGUUUCCGAGUCUGUCGGAGUUGCCAAUCUCAAUGAAGAUGUUGCCAAAAACCUCGCAAUGGACGUCGAAUACCGCAUCCACCAGGUUCUUCAGGAAGCGCUCAAGUUCAUGCGCCACGCUAGAAGAACUACAUUGGGGACUCAGGAUAUUAGCAAUGCUCUUCGGGUCCUAGAUGUUGAGCCUCUCUACGGUUACGAGUCUACCCGUCCGCUCCGGUUCGGGGAAGCAUCGCUGGGACAGCUUCAGCCGAUCUUUUAUGUCGAGGAUGAUGAAGUCGACUUUGAGAAGCUUAUAAAUGCUCCGUUACCGAAAGUUCCGAGGGAUGUUACUUUUACCGGCCACUGGCUCGCGAUCGAAGGGGUCCAACCCGCCAUCCCUCAGAAUCCCACCCCCUCGGAAGCCGCUCGCCUCUCGGAAACUACACCAAAGGGCGCCUCAAGCAAUACAACCCUCUCCGCCGCCUCGACCCUAAACCCCACAACCAACGAAACCGUCACCAUAAAGCCCCUCGUGAAGCACGUUCUCUCAAAGGAACUCCAGCUCUACUUCGAGCGAAUAAGCACCUCCAUAACCGAUGAGUCCACAACCGACACGAUCCGCAACGCCGCACUCGCUAGUCUGCGCAAGGACCCCGGGCUGCACCAAUUACUCCCCUACUUCGUCCAGUUCAUUUCGGAGAAGACAACACACGGCCUGCGUAGCCUGUUCACGCUAACGCAGAUGAUGUCCUUGACUCACGCCCUUCUGGAGAAUGACUCCUUCUUCAUAGAACCAUACGUAUCCUCCCUAAUCCCUCCAAUCUUGACCUGUCUCAUCGGCAAACACCUUGGCUCCUCCUCCUCCGACCCCCACUCCCAGACACCGGCACACUACGCACUGAGAGACCUCUCUGCAUCCCUAUUGAAGCUCGUCUGCAAACGCUUCGGCGACUCUUCGCACACGCUGAAACCAAGACUCACAAGGACCUGCCUGAAGCACUUCCUCGAUCCUGCGAAGCCACUGCCAACGCACUACGGCAGCAUCAUCGGCCUCGCCGCGAUAGGCGGCCGGGAGGCUGUCAGAGUGCUAAUACUGCCAAACACAAAACUCUACGAGAAGGUCAUCCGCCUGGAAAUCGAGGACGAAGGGCCGAGGAAGAGUGAGGCGGAGAUGUGCUUGAGCGCUUUGGUGGGGGUUAUCAAACAGCUAGAAGAGGAAGAGGAAGAAGGAGCUGGAGGGGAGAAAGGAAAGAAUGGCGUCGUGCCGAUCAUACCAGGCGCAAACGCCGAUGAGGUUAAAGUACAGCUCAUCGGAAUCCUGGGAGAAUUAGUCGGUGAGGAAGUGUGGAAACUUAGACGUGAGGCACUGGUUAAAGCGGUUAUUGAGGCUGGGGGGAUGAGGAUUUAGUUCAUGGGCGGCACGCCGGGAUCCCCCCCUUCCUUUUCUUCUCAACACUAAAAUACUUGCCCUCUUUCUAUAUGACUUGGAUUGACUGAAAAUUCCGUGUAAUGGUGGUGGGAGUGGGGUUUCUCUCUUUUUUUUUCCUUUUCUUUCAUUCCUUUUUUGGCGCUGCGUUGGGACUUGAUAUUUCUGCUAUAACGACAUGUAUUUCUUGUUUUACCGAUUCUCCAGAUGGAGUGAUUGAUUAAGCCAGCUUAUUUACCUAGAAGAAGGGAACGGGAAGGGGGGAGGGGGGGUGGUUAUACGGUAGCACUAAGUUAGGUAUGAUAUGAUAUGUACACACCUCAAUUCAGUUCUAAAAGAAAAAGAAAAAAAACUGAUGGAGAAUACCUUGUAUGUUUGUCGUAUCUCAUCAGGUAUCAUCUCCAACAGCGCUCACAAAGUUAUUUCAAUAUUCCGUAACACAUAAUAUCACUCGAUCAUAGAUCUCACUCGAAUAUAUAUAGCAAGAUGGCCAUCUU